AUGCGAGCACCACGAAGACAUCUAAAGACCAGGCCAUUGGCCUUAGGCAGAGUGCAAACACGACUCUUAGACAACAUCAUGCCAAGGGUGUUCCAUGAGCAGGGCAUCCUCUUUGGCUACCGACACCCACAGAGUUCGGCCACUGCCUGUAUCCUCAGCCUUUUCCAAAUGACCAAUGAGACCCUCAACAUCUGGACGCACUUGCUACCAUUCUGGUUCUUUGUGUGGAGGUUCGUGACUGCACUGUAUAUGACAGACAUCCAGAAUGACAGCUACUCAUGGCCUAUGCUCGUGUACAUGUGCACCAGCUGUGUGUACCCCCUCGCAUCCAGCUGUGCACACACCUUCAGCUCUAUGUCCAAGAACGCCCGGCAUAUCUGCUACUUUCUGGAUUAUGGUGCUGUCAACCUCUUCAGCCUGGGCUCUGCCAUUGCCUACUCUGCAUACACGUUCCCUGAUGCACUGAUCUGCAGUACCUUCCAUGAAUGCUACGUAGCCCUGGCCGUUCUGAACACCAUUCUCAGCACUGGUCUCUCCUGCUACUCCAGGUUUCUUGAACUCCAGAAGCCCCGGCUCUGUAAGCUGCUCCGGGUCCUCGCCUUCGCCUACCCCUACACUUGGGACUCACUUCCCAUCUUCUACCGGCUCUUCCUGUUCCCAGGAGAGAGUUCAAGAAAUGAAGCCAUCUUUUAUCACCAGAAGCACAUGGUCAUGACCCUCCUGGCCUCUUUCUUGUACUCUGCUCACCUGCCGGAGCGACUGGCUCCUGGACGCUUUGACUACAUCGGUCACAGUCACCAGCUGUUUCAUGUGUGCGUGAUCCUGGCCACACACUUGCAGAUGGAAGCCAUCCUGCUGGAUAAGACUCUAAGGAAGGAGUGGCUUUUGGCCACCUCCAGACCCUUCUCUUUGCCCCAGAUAGCAGCAGCCGUGCUUCUGUGCAUCAUCUUCAGCCUCAGCAACAUUAUUUAUUUCUCAGCUGCUCUGUAUCGGCUCCCUGAGCCUGAAUUACAUGAAAAGGAAACGUGA